CAGAGCGCGCGAAGCCUCGCCGACCUCGCGCUCGCUCCCUUUCCCGCGCAUGCGCCGUGGAGGUCUCCGUCGCCCAGGGUCGAGCAGUGCGCCGAAGGAGUGUUUGGAAAUGGCUGCUGGGAGCCUCCGUUCGGCCUGUGGUUUCAGAUCACAAUAGCAGAAGACUCGAGUAGCAAAUAUAUUUUGAUUCGCUAUGGCUCAGUUUGGAGGACAGAAGAAUCCCCCAUGGGCUACCCAGUUUACAGCCACUGCUGUUUCUCAGCCAGCUGCACUUGGUGUUCAGCAGCCGUCUUUACUUGGAGCAUCUCCCACAAUAUAUACACAGCAAACUGCAUUGGCUGCAGGUCUCAGUACUCAGGCACCAACAAACUAUCAACUCUCCCAGACAGCUGCUUUACAACAGCAAGCUGCUGCUGCAGCUGCCGCAUUACAGCAGCAAUAUUCACAGCCUCAGCAGACCCUCUAUAGUGUACAGCAACAGUUGCAGCAGCCUCAGCAAACACUUUUGACCCAGCCACCUGUAGCACUUCCGACCAGCCUCAGUUUAUCUACUCCUCAGCCAGCAGCACAGAUUACUGUUUCUUAUCCAGCACCACGGUCAAGUCAACAGCAGACCCAGCCACAGAAACAGCGUGUCUUCACUGGGGUAGUUACCAAACUACAUGAUACAUUUGGUUUUGUGGAUGAAGAUGUAUUCUUUCAGCUCAAUGCUGUUAAAGGGAAGACUCCUCAAGUGGGAGACAGAGUUCUAGUGGAAGCAACCUAUAAUCCUAAUAUGCCUUUCAAAUGGAAUGCACAGCGGAUUCAGACCCUACCAAACCAGAACCAGACUCAAACCCAGCCUUUACUCAAGACUCCUCCACCUGUACUUCAGCCCAUUGCACAGCAGACUGCAUUCAGUGUUCAGGCACAACCACAGCCACAGUCGCUGUUGCAGGCACAAAUAACAGCUGCUUCUAUUACACCUUUGCUUCAGACGCAGCCACAGCCUUUGUUACAACAGCCACAGCAGAAAGCAGGUUUGCUACAGCCUCCUGUUCGAAUAGUUUCACAGCCUCAGCCAGCACGAAGAUUAGAUCCGCCACCCAGAUUUUCGGGGCGAAAUGACAGAGGAGACCCCAUGGCUAACAGAAAAGAUGACAGAAGUCGUGAAAGGGAGCGUGAAAGACGUAGGUCACGGGAAAGAUCACCACAGAGAAAACGUUCUAGAGAGAGAUCUCCUCGCCGAGAAAGGGAACGGUCACCUCGAAGGCCACGACGUGUUGUUCCCCGUUAUACGGUCCAGUUUUCAAAGUUCUCACUAGACUGUCUUAGUUGUGAUAUGAUGGAAUUGAGACGACGAUACCAGAACUUGUACAUACCAAGCGACUUCUUUGAUGCUCAGUUUACCUGGGUGGAUGCUUUUCCCAUGUCAAGACCAUUUCAGCUGGGAAACUAUUGCAACUUCUAUGUAAUGCAUAGAGAGGUAGAUCCUUUGGAUAAGAACAUAGCUGUAUUGGACCCACCAGAUACAGAUCAUCUUUACAGUGCAAAGGUGAUGCUUAUGGCCAGUCCUAGCAUGGAAGAUCUGUACCAUAAAUCCUGUGCCCUUGCUGAAGAUCCCCAAGAGGUCCGGGAUGGUUUUCAACACCCCGCUAGACUUAUUAAGUUUUUAGUAGGCAUGAAGGGUAAAGAUGAAGCGAUGGCUAUUGGAGGACAUUGGUCUCCCUCACUGGAUGGACCUGACCCAGAAAAAGACCCGUCUGUACUGAUUAAAACUGCUAUCCGUUGCUGCAGGGCUCUAACAGGGAUAGAUUUAAGUGUAUGCACGCAAUGGUACCGUUUUGCAGAGAUUCGCUACCAUCGCCCUGAGGAGACCCACAAGGGGCGUACGGUUCCAGCUCAUGUGGAGACAGUGGUUUUAUUUUUCCCGGAUGUUUGGCAUUGCCUUCCCACCCGCUCAGAGUGGGAAACCCUUUCCCGAGGAUACAAGCAGCAGCUGGCCGAGAAGCUUCAGGGGGAACGCAAGGAGGCUGAUGGAGAACAGGAUGAAGAGGAAAAGGAUGAUGGGGAGGCCAAAGAGAUUUCUACUCCUACCCAUUGGUCUAAACUUGAUCCAAAGGCAAUGAAGGUUAAUGACCUGCGAAAGGAGUUAGAAAGCCGAACACUCAGCUCAAAGGGCCUAAAAUCCCAGUUGAUAGCCCGUCUGACAAAACAGUUAAAAGUGGAAGAACAGAAAGAAGAACAGAAAGAACUGGAAAAGUCUGAAAAGGAAGAUGAGGAGGAAGAAGAGAGGAAAUCGGAAGAUGAUAAAGAGGAGGAAGAAAGAAAACGUUUGGAGGAAGUGGAGCGCCAGCGUCGAGAGAGACGUUACAUCUUGCCUGAUGAACCAGCAAUUAUUGUGCACCCUAACUGGGCAGCCAAAAGUGGAAAGUUUGACUGUAGUAUUAUGUCCCUUAGUGUGCUUUUGGAUUACAGACUAGAGGAUAACAAAGAACAUUCUUUUGAGGUUUCAUUGUUUGCUGAACUUUUCAAUGAAAUGCUUCAAAGGGACUUUGGUGUCCGAAUCUACAGAUCACUCUUGUCUCUUCCGGAAAAAGAAGAUAAAAAAGAUAAAAAGAACAAAAAAGAUGAGAAAAAAGAGAAAAAGGAAGAGCGAGAUGAUGAAAAUGAUGAUCCAAAGCCUAAGAGAAGAAAAUCUGGAGAUGAGAAAGAUAAAAAAGAUGAGAGAGAUGACAGGAAGAGAGAAGAUAAGAGAAAAGAUGAUUCCAAAGAUGAUGAUGAAAUGGAAGAUGAGAAUAACCAGGAGGAAUAUGAUCCAAUGGAAGCUGAAGAUGCUGAGGAUGAAGACGAUGAUAGGGAUGAUGAGGAAAUGAAUAGGCGAGAUGACAGAAGAGAAGGAAGCCGGCAUUGCAAAGAUAGAGCUUUUAAAGAUAAGGAGAAAGACAAAAUCCAGAUGAUAACUGUUAACCGCGAUCUGUUAAUGGCAUUUGUGUACUUUGAUCAAUGCCAUUGUGGGUACCUUCUGGAAAAGGACUUGGAAGAGAUACUCUACACACUUGGACUGCAUCUCUCACGAGCUCAGGUUAAGAAGAUUCUGAAUAAAGUAGUUCUUCGUGAAUCAUGUUUUUAUAGAAAACUAACAGAUGCUUCUAAAGAUGAAGAAAGUCCAGAAGAAAUGGAACCUCCACAAGAGGAAAUGCUAGGAAAUAAGAUGUUGUUGCCAUCACCUGCUACAAUGCAAGAAUCUAAAGGAGCAGAAGAAAACGUUGGUCUCAUUGUUUACAACGGAGCUAUGGUGGAUGUAGGGAGUCUCUUGCAGAAACUAGAGAAGAGUGAAAAGGCACGGGCUGAAAUGGAACAAAAGCUUCAGUCACUAGAAGAAAAGACAGAUGAAGAUGAAAAGACUAUCUUGAAUUUGGAGAAUUUGAAUAAAGGCCUGACGGUAGAUAUUAAGGAAGUAAAAAAAGAUCUUGGCCAAGUGCAAGAGAAUUUGAAGUCAUCAGAAGAGACAAAUGUACAGUUUGAGAGUCAACUGAAUAAGACAAUCAAAACUUUGGCUUCAGUUAUGGAUGAAAUACACACUGUUCUUAAAAAGGAUAUUGUGAAGAGUGAAGAUAAAGAUCAAAAAUCCAAAGAAAAUGGAGCAAAUGUAUGACAAACUUGCUGCUGCUGCAAAAUACGAUGUUAUAUAAUGUAAUAUAAAUCAUGAAACUGGAGUGUAUGGAAGUGGUGCAUGUUUGAUUUUAGUAGUAUAAAUAAUUCAGUCCAAGCAAGGAUGUAUAAAGUUUUAUAAAUGUGUGAGCCUGCUUCAAAGAUUGCUUGUAAUUCAUAGCUCUCAAUUUAUUAGACACUCCUAAAGUGAAAAUAAUUUUGCAUUGCAAAAUGUUUUAGGGUAAACUUUGUUAUAGUUUCAAUGCUAACAAACUUCAACUUAAUGGGAAGUAGCAACGUAUUUAAUUACCAAAUAUUUUCCUUUAAAGUCUAGUGGAAACAUUUUUUUCAUUAUUUAUAGAAAUGCCAUUCUUAGGUUUUUAUUUCAGUCUAAUUAGUCUUUUUAAAUUCAGAGGUAAAUCAUAGCAUGCUGCUUAAUUUUGCAAGUAAAAACUUUUAAAGAAAACUUUGAAUUUCUUGUCACAAUUUUUUUUCCUUUAAGUCGUGACUUUUCUCCUGAAACAUGUUGCUGUUGCGAUGCACAGUAUUUGAAAUUAAGAAAAAUAGCAAGGAACUUAUCCAAGCUUAGAUAACUUGGGGUUUAUAUUAAAAUAGUAAUUUAUUAUACAUAUUUUAUAUUCCUUGAAUGGUCUAUCCCUGCAUUAAUAUAUUAGCUACUUUUCAGAAGCAAUGUAUGAAUGGAAAAUGUUUUGUUGAUUGUUGAUAUGAGGCCAGUAGAUGUCAGUAUACUGUUUUACUUGGAGAAAUUACUACUAAGUUUAUAUCUGCUUUCAUUAAAUUGGCUAUUUAAUUCAAAAGUAACCUCAAAUAUUACAUGCAUUUCACCUAGCUCAUAAAAGAUCUAAAUUCAAGCGAUGACAUAGAAUUUUUGUAAUAGAACUAUAUUUUGCUAUGUAUGGUUUUUUGGAAGCAAAGUUCCAACAAGAGCUUAGAAUCAGAAAUAAAACAUAAGCCCCUGUAUUAGAUUUAAUUAUGUAGCUACCAGAGUGCCAUAAUAUGUGGUGUCAGAUGCUUAAUAGCGGGAACCAUAAAAUGUUUGAAAUAGUUCAAAAGUACACUUAGUUCUUUCCAUUGACUCUUUGAAGCCAAAUAUCUCUAACAUACUUUGUGAAUGCAUCUUGAAUAAAUUCUUCCCAUUCCAA